UGUUAGACAAAAAAAAUAAAAAUUUCCCUUAAAAGUCUUAUAUUCUUCAAUCGUUCUCUUUUCACUCACUCAUUUUCUCGCUACCCCAAACCCUGAUUUCUUUUUCUUUCUAAUUUUAAUUUUAGUUUGUUUCCUCUCUUUUACUCAGCCCAUUAGAUUUCCGGAAAGAAAUGGAACCCAAAGCCUCGAUGAAAAACAAUCAAACUCUCGAUGACAUCAUGAAACAAUCCUCUUCCUCAAACUCCGACUCACUGUCUCACCUCGACUCGCCCCACUCACCUCUCCGAUCAGACCACGGUGACCCCGACCCGCCUGAUCCCCAAAAUACCUCCUCUCCUCAUGUUCCUCCGGCAGUCUCCCCCCCAGUUGACAACUGCAAGGCACUCGUCGCCUUCGACAAGUCCACCCAGUUCAACGCCAAUUCUUCCCCGUUUGCUUCGCCUCCGCUUCCGCCGACUACUCCACCGCAACAACCCUUGCAAUUGUCAGUGAACCGAUCGGUGAGGGAGGAAGGACAGGGGAUGACGACGAAGACGAAAGUGAGUGGUGGAGGGGGAAGGGGAGGAGGAGCAAGGGCAGUGGCGGCUGUGCUGAGGAGAUCGAAGGUGAAGGAGACUGUGAAGAUGGCAGCUCUAGGGUUUCGAUUAAGUGAAAUUGUUUUAUGCUUGAUAUCUUUCUCUGUUAUGGCUGCUGAUAAAACCUCAGGCUGGAGCGGUGACUCUUUCGACCGCUAUAAAGAAUACAGGUAUUGCCUAUCGGUAAAUGUGAUUGGAUUUGUAUAUGCGGGGUUUCAAGCCUAUGCUCUAGCUUAUCAUCUCAUCAUGGGAAAACAUGUCAUUCGCCAUUACCUUCGUCAGCAUUUUGAUUUCUUCAUGGAUCAGAUACUAGCCUAUCUUUUGCUUUCAGCAUCAUCUGCAGCGGCCACCCGAAUAGAUGAUUGGCAAUCUAAUUGGGGCAAAGAUGAAUUCACUGAGAUGACUAGUGCCUCAGUUGCAAUGGCCUUUCUGGCUUUUACUGCAUUUGCAUUAAGCUCGCUUUUAUCUGGUUACGAACUCUGUACCCAUGAAUCUGCAUGAUCUCUGAGGCAAUUACAAAAUCAUAGCACGAUUGGAUUCAAUCAACUUGAGCUGCACAUUCGGUUUUCGUUAUUAUACAGAGAACAUAUGAUAUCAUGUUUUUCUUGUGAAAUUUUUUCCCUUCAAAAGAUAACAAUGUAAGCAUUCAGAUUUGGAUAUGGUAUACACCCUCUUAUUGGUCA